ACGUUGAUGGAAAACUACACAUACAACAGCAUCAUGCUGCAACUGGAAGGAUUACAAACCUCCGAAGAGUCUGUGUACCCGGUCUUCCUCCUCCUACUUUUUUCCUACAUUUUUAUCAUGGUUGCUAAUGCCGGCAUUAUAGUUCUGAUUUUCAUUGACAAGAAUCUUCAUCAGCCCAUGUAUCUGCUUUUCUGCAACCUGCCAUUUAAUGACAUCCUGGGGAAUUCUAUCAUGGUUCCCCGUCUGCUGGUAGAUAUCCUGCAGCCUCCGUCUGAGCGUCUCAUCAGUUAUUAUGAGUGUGUGGUCCAAGCUUUCACCACACACAUGUUCGGCACCACGUCCCACACUGUCCUCAUGAUCAUGGCUUUUGAUCGAUACGUGGCCAUCUGCAAUCCUCUGCGCUACGGAGCCAUAAUGACCAAUAAGAUGGUGAUGAAGCUGACGGUGUCUGCCUGGGGAGUGGCCCUCAUUCUGGUCGGGAUUCUGCUCGGUCUGACCAUCCGACUGAACCGAUGCAGGACUCUGAUCACUAAUCCUUACUGUGACAACGCCUCUCUGUUCAAACUCUCCUGUGAGAGUGUGGUCAUCAACAACAUCUACGGCCUCACAUUCACUGUGGUUUUGUUCUCAGGUUCUAUCGGUACCAUUGUUAUCACCUACACUAAGAUCACAGUAGUGUGUCUAACCAGCAAAAGCAAGUCUCUGAACAGUAAAGCCUUGAAGACCUGCAGCACUCAUCUGGUCUUGUAUCUGAUAAUGAUAUUUAGUGGAAUGUCGCUCAUUGCUCUGCAUCGUUUUCCUCAGUAUUCUGACUACAGAAAAUACUGCACCAUUUUGUUUCACAUUGUCCCCUGCAGCCUGAACCCCAUAAUUUAUGGAGUUCAGUCCAAAGAGAUAAGAAAGUACUUGUCAAAGUUUAGUGUGUCCAAGACAAUUUCACCAUAA